AUGUAUUCACGUGUACUUCAGACAAUUAAUGGAACGAUACAAAAUGAAAUUGCGAGCCAUUCAGCCUUUGUGCUGGAGAACCAUUCACCGGCUGACGUAGCGCGGGCUGUAAUAGAGAGCGGAUAUCAAAAAGAGCCAAUCUACGUGUUCAACAUGGACGAGGCAUACCAACGCAUACAGCACUUCAAGCGUGUAAUGCCGAGAGCGCAAAUAUUUUACGCUAUGAAAGCGAACGACUUCGAUAUAAUGUUAAAACUAGCGGCUGUUUGUGAAUUGGGAUUUGAUUGCGCCUCUCCCGGUGAAAUUCAUAAUAUAUAA